CGGAGGAAAGCUGAGUCACCUGACCAGCGUCCUGCCGGUGCAAUGGCGGCGCCCAUGCUACGCUGGGGCUGUCUUGGAAGACGAAGGGCUUUAGCCUUGGUUGACGGCAGGACUCGGUCCCGAAGAGGGGCUCCGACUGGGUCCGCGUCGGACCGGAUAAGGGAACAGAGUUCAGUGGCUCAGCAGCCCGUCCACACGGCCCAGGAGCCGAGGAAAGGUGAACACAAAUGGGCAGCUGUGGUAGGUUUGGAAAUUCAUGCCCAGAUCUCCUCCAACUCUAAACUCUUCUCUGGAUCUCAAGUCCGCUUUGCAGCACCUCCGAAUUCUUUGGUUUCCUUUUUCGAUGCAUCUCUACCUGGAACUUUGCCGGUGCUCAACCGGAGGUGUGUGGAAGCGGCCGUGAUGACAGGCCUGGCCCUGAACUGCCACAUCAACAAGAAGUCCUUGUUCGACAGGAAGCACUACUUCUACGCGGACCUCCCGGCAGGCUACCAGAUCACCCAGCAGAGGCUGCCGAUUGCCGUGAAUGGGAGCCUGACGUACAGCGUCUGCCUCGGGAAGCCACGGAACCAGAUGGUCACCAGGACGGCGAGGGUCAAGCAGAUCCAGCUGGAGCAGGACAGCGGGAAGAGCCUGCACGACGACCUGAGGUCACAGACGCUGGUCGACCUGAACCGAGCGGGAGUUGGCCUCCUGGAAGUGGUCCUGGAGCCCGACAUGUCCUGUGGGGACGAGGCGGCCACCGCCGUCAGGGAGCUGCAGCUGAUACUUCAAGCCCUGGGGACCAGCCAGGCGAACAUGGCAGAGGGCCAGUUGAGAGUGGACGCCAAUAUAUCUGUGCACCAUCCUGGAGAACCUUUGGGCAUUCGGACCGAAGUGAAGAAUCUCAACAGCUUUAGGUUUUUGGCCAAAGCCAUAGACUAUGAAAUUGAGAGGCAAAUCAACGAACUUGAGAGCGGAGGGGAAAUCCUGAAUGAGACGCGUUCGUUUGAUUACAAGCUGGGGUGCACCGUGCCGAUGCGGGACAAGGAGGGAAAACAGGACUACAGGUUCAUGCCGGAGCCCAACCUGCCUCCUCUGCGGCUCUAUGACGACGCCUCGUCUCCACCUGCAGGCACGGCCUCCCAGCAGGUGGUCAACAUCGACCGGAUUCGAGAGACGCUCCCCGAGCUCCCCGGAGUCACCCGAGAGAGGCUCGUGCGGCAGUACGGGAUGCUGCCGGAGCACAGCUUCACCCUGCUGAAUGAAGUUGGCCUACUGGAGUUCUUCCAAAGUGUGAUCAAAGAAACUAGGGCAGAGCCAAAAAAGGUGACUAGCUGGGUCCUGAACACCUUCCUGGGCUAUUUAAAGCAGCAGAACCUUGCUGUAAGCGAGAGUCCUGUCACACCCUCUGCGCUCGCCGAGCUUCUGGACCUGCUGGACAGUAAGGCAGUUUCUUCAGCCGCAGCUAAACAGGUGUUCGAGGAGCUGUGGAGGACCCCCGGGAAGGCCCCCGCGCUGGUCGUUUCUGAAAAGCAGCUGGGACUGAUGCAGGACCGGCAAGCCCUGGAGCAGCUCUGCCAUUCCGUGAUGGAGGGACAUCCCCAAGUGGUCACGGACGCGAAAGGAAACCCCAGAGCUGUGAACAAACUGAUCGGGCUGGUCCGGAAAGCAUCUGGGAACCGAGCGGACCCAGCGGUGAUAAAGGACAUCCUGGAGCGGAAGCUGUCCUCCUGAGAGGGUCCGGGGACCUGCCUGCGGGGCGGCGCAGUGCUGGGCCAGAACAGGUGGAGAGCAGGCCUGGGCCCCCACAGCCUCCGGGAGGCCGUUCCACACCCCUGCUGUCCCGCCUCCCAAGGCCCUGCGCCUUGGGGUGCCGCAUCUACAAAGACCAGCAGCCACCGCCGUCUGCAUCUGCCCUGCUGACAUCCAGCCGGCGGAGGUGGUUAAAGACGGCACUUCUGCCCUGCUCAGUCAUUCCCAGUUGGCGAGAAAACUCGGCCCAGGUUCUGUUCCCCUUCUAACUCUGCGUUCUGCAGUUCCCGCCACCACCAUGUGGGGCACUCCUGAGGGCCGGCUGGUCCAGGCAGACUCCACGGGGGUUAGAUUUAGGCUCCCAAACAGGCCAGAAGGAGGAAAACGCAGCAAUGUAAUCGGUGUGGUGUGGACGUGAUUACGCAGGGCGGUCCCCGAGGGUGGAGGAGGCGGUUAGCGUUGGGCCAGGGAUUAGCAGUCACCACCUCCAUUCGGAGCAAGUGCUAUCGCCCAUCCCACUCCCUAGGGAUCCAGGAAGGCUUAAGCCUGAGAAUAAAUGAAUUAUUAAAAAAAAUAAAGACAACAGGCAUUUUCAAAUAAAUUUAAUGAAUAAAAUAUAUACCGAAAUAUCACAUAAAAAAUUAACUUACACUUCAAAGAUUGUGCAGUUGACAACUUCUUCCCCCACCCACCCUCAGGCAGAAAAGAAGAAAAAAAAAAGUAACAUUAAAUUGAUUUGUUUCGCCUGGAAAGAAGAAGACGGUAACUAGUAAAUUCUUGACCUGUCACAAUAAUCACAGUGCAGUUGACAGCGCUCCCACCGAGGCCGGCCACCCCGUCCCGUUCUCCCUGUCACACUGGGGGUGCACCCUUUCAUGCGUUACAUGCCUCUGUCACCUCUGGCAACACUUAAAGACCAGUUUUGCUAAUGCUUUAAAAGUAUUUGCUCUUUCAAAGUUGUUUGUCACACCGGGACCUAAACAAGAGAAUACCGUCUCCGAGGCCCUGGUGUUAAACUUCAGAUCCUCUCGUCUCAUAAGAACAGUGAAGACCCUGUCAGGAACACCGCACCCCGGGCAGCUGGGGCCCACAGAAAGGUGGGCAGUCCCCUGUCACCGACUUAGCAACCCGAGGGUCCUGGCGUGCAGACGUGGCUCAGCACCCCUCCUACUCAGCCAAGGAGGGGUUGUGUGGUUUAUUUUGGACAAGCACAAGAAGGUGACAUUUAGAAAAAAAGGUUUUUUUACUUAGAAUUCUAAAAGAAUCCGUUACCUUGCCCAGAAGCCAGGUGUCCCACCUUCUGUCGCAGGACUGAAACCUACUGGGUCUAAAAGGAAUAGAGUUCUUUUCCCCACACCUCAGGUCUCCUCCCUCCGCAAGUCUGAAUUACAAAUGGGUCGAGGCGGUUUGGAAUCGGAAUCUGGCAUGGUCUUCCAUUCUGUACGAAGUAAGGUUCGGGUUCAUAAAUCCCACUCUGACCAGUGGCUUCGGCUUCUAGGUCAUUAGUAAACUCUACAAAACACACUGGAGGAUCUUUCUAGACCUUCUCAAAUCAGGGCCUUAUUUAAAAGGGGUAAGGAGAGUCACCGAAACUCCUAGGGCAGGUGACACCCUCCCGCCCGAUCACUCCCCGAGGAAAGUGCCGUCGCUGAGACGCGGUCUCCACGAGGCUCGUCCUCGUCCGCCCUGACAGCAGCCUGUUGUCUCGAAUGCCAGUUUCUGGAAUCUGAGAUUCUGGAAACCAGCCUUUGUGUGUUGUCAUCACUGUCACCACACACACACACACACAUCAGAGCUCUGAUUGGACCUCACUCCUCAAAAGAGAAGUUUCCCGAACACCCCUGAAGUUCACAGUGUAGCCCGCUGGUCAGUGAGCUCCGUCCUGGGGACUGUCGACGUCUGUGUUCACUACUCGUGGGGAGGUACCUGACUGUCGGAGCUGCGGCCGCAGUGGAGGUCAUUGCCACCUGUCCCUGGGCGAAAGGCCCUGACAGGGUGGGGCGUGGGCCAGCCUGGACCAGCUGUGCGGCCCGGGGCGGCGGCUGGUUGGCUGGGCGGUCCUGGUGGAAGGUGAUGCCCGCGCCAGCCCUCGGCCUGCUCCCUGGCAUGAGUGUUCAGGGAGAGUCUAGCUGAUGAAAGAAAGUUCGACGGGCAACUCUUGGUGGGCCCCGUCCCAGACAGGCUGCUGACUACUAGGCUUGUAAGUUCUGGCUCAUUUGGGUCUAGAAAGGAGGGGUUUUGUGUUUGUUUUUUGCCAGAGGACAUGUGCACACGCUGAAGAGAGAAAUCAUCCCCCAGGGGGCUGGACACACCACGGUCCCUUCUCCAUUCUCUUGGGAUUUGGGGCACGCACAGGACCCCGGUGCUUUACAAGCCAUUAGGUCUAGGACAUGAGCCCCACAUCGGCCCUGUCGAUCCAGCUAUGCUGACCACUGCACCACCUGAACCCCACAUCGGCCCUGUCGAUCCAGCUAUGCUGACCACUGCACCACCUGAACCCCACAUCGGCCCUGUCGAUCCAGCUGCGCUGACCACUGCACCCCCUGGACCCCGCAUCGGCCCUGUGGGAUCCAGCUGUGCUGACUACUGCACCACCUGGCCGGCUCCUUCACUUUUCUUACGGGUCUAGGCUUUGCAUCAGCGUGAGCUUCCGUCCCCCUCCUCCAAGGAGUAGCUGGCCUAGAAGAGGGCUGAGGCCGCCAUUACACUGCGGUGAGGCUGUGGCCGCGGCACCCCACCCUGCCCCUCCCAUGGCCAGUGCUAACCAGAUGGAGCAGUGCGCCCACCUUCAGCUGUGAGCUCGUUAAUUCAGCAUAUCCCCCACGGCCGGGACCCCUCGCUUAGAUAUUUUUCAUUUCAGUGGAAAGUCGCUGGCCGGUCUACGUGACUACUGGGUAGAAAGCAGCCCGAGGGGCCACGCUGUGUAGACACCACCCGAGCAGCCCGGAGCCUGCCGUGCCCCUGCAGCUCCCAGACACGCACUCGGCUGUCCCCGACGUGAGACCGCAGGCACCUGAUCUGACGCCCUCACGUUGCCUCGCUUGGUCAGACGGCUCAGCGGAAACCACCUGACUGACGGCACUGCCGGUUCCAAACUGCGGGGCACGGGGGCCUUAUUUCAGGCGGGCCUUUCGUAGACUUGGCCCGGUUAAAAAAGCCGACACCCGAGAGGUCAGACGGUGGCCUUGGCUCCCUGAGAUUUAUAAUCCAGCGUCUGUGUGGCCCAGGAGCUCCCAUCGCCCUUGUUGGGUUCUGAAGUGACACAGUGGUGACUUGGAUGUCCCUGAAUACGCCUGCGACGCACGUCAGACUCCAGAGACAGCCCUGCUGGCAGUCGUGUUCCUGACGUGGGUGAUGCCCAGUUCCGUUUCCUUAAAUCUUACAAGACAGGAACAAAUUGCACAGUGACCGGACGGGACGGGAAGGGUGGCAAGGGCGGGUCCUGGCUGCACUCCUCGGCCUCAGGAUUCUAAGUGCAAGGGGCCAGCGCGCUGCAGACCCACCCCACCAUUCUGGGCCUCCUCCCUGAAGAACCUCCCCGAAAACCUGUCCCUACAGCCUGUUUACCCCGCUAAUGAGCUGCCAGGAUCAUCUGUCGUCCAAAACAAGUCAUGGCCUAAUAAAUACCUUAAUGGAGAGGGUUUACUGAGGCAGAAUGAUCCCGAAAACCAUCCUUAUUUCCGAGAGCUCUUUCCAAGGCAUUAGGUUUAUGAUGGCCAUUCAAAAAGAGAAAAGAAAGUAGGGGCGAGUCAGCUCCAACCUUAAAACGUGUCCUCGGUGAUGUGCGUAAAGGCCGCAGCCUAAACCAGUAGACAGUGCGCUGUUCUACGCCGUCCCUCGGUGGACUCAGCUGUGAUUCACGGACCGAUGGCUGAAGCACCGAGCCUAGAAUAUCUUCAUGACUCAAAGCUGACGCGGCCUCGGCGCACAAGGACAAAGUUACCAGGAAGG